AUGCAUCUGUACUUUCCGCAGUUUGCUUUCACUGCACUUGACCAUACCGUGCAUUUCUUCAGGACCCUCGCAUCAUCGACUGGUACCGAUAAACACUUUGAGGGAUCGGCAAACAAUUUCAAUGCACAGCUGGCCAUCAUUGGGCCAACUCAAGUCGGUGGGCUUUUGAGCGCUGCAUCAUUCGGUUGUCUUGCCUGCCAGUCCUACUUGUAUUUUGCAAGAUUCACAAGCGAUGGCUUCGCCCUAAAAACAACUGUAUCUGCAAUCACUUUGAUUCAGCUGGGCCAGUUUAUCUGCGUAAUAUCAACAUUGUGGACAAUGACUGUUAGCACUUAUGGUGACCCAUCUCAACUCAGUGUCCUUCCUCUAAUGGCAGACCUGUCCCUUCUAUUGAGCGGCUUUACGGUGUUCAUCGCGCAGUCAUUUUACGCAUUUCGACUUUGGAAGUUGACUAGGAGUAUUUUCUUACCCGUUUUUUGCGAAAUGAUCUCCGUGGUCGCAUACACUUCCAUGGUCGUUCUCUCAUCAAGGGCGAUUUCUAUGACGGACCUCACGACUUUUAUAAACAGUCAAACUGUGCUGAUUGCGCUCUCUUGGAUGGCACGUGGAGUCUGCGACUUGACCACCACUGUCGGCGUCGCCUGGAGUUUGAAAAAGAGACGAGUCUCUGAUUUCAACACGGUGACAAUGGUCGACCGGUUGAUUUAUUGGACACUCGAGACUGCUUUGAUCAACAGUUUGAUAUCCAUUGUCACGACAAUAUUGUUUGUAUUACAGAAACAAAAUUUUGUGUGGUUUGGAGUAUUGUUGAUAUGGCCUAAUGUCGUAGGGAACUGCUUGUUUGCCUCGUUGAAUCGGCGGUUACUGCUUCAAGAGACUCGGAGGGCCUCAGGAGGUGAUAUCCAGCGUCGUGGUAGUAGCUCGAACACAAUUUGUUUCAGAGCCGGAGCUACGCAAUCA